AGGUUGAGCUGGUGAAACAUGAGAGAAGACCAACACAGCAUCAGCAUCCUAAAUAUAAUGUUGAUAGCUUGUUACAUUGUCCACAUGAUCUGUCACACCAGGAUAAUGUCAUCAUGGAAACAGAUACAUGUCUCCUAGACUCCUCCCUGGUGGCAAGAACGUCAAGUAUGUUCUCAAAUGCAGCUGAUAGUGUGAUUGUUGUGAAGUCCCAUCCUUUAUUAACUGUCUUUGAUUCAAAACCAAACAGUAAAUCUACCUUGACUGCCGUACAGAAAAUUGUGAAAGAAGUUAAAGCUGGCUUGACCAAUCCAUAUGAACAGUAUAUUCCGGUUGAUGCAAAGACAGGAUCUUCAGUCAUCAGACCUGCUAAAUUACCAGGUGAUAAGGCUGAAAAUAUAAUGAAAAGUCCACCAUGGAAGUUGCUGCCGUCAUCAGUAAAGAGGAAGUCAAUAGAGGCUGAUAGUGCUAAUGGUUCAGCUCCGCCCAGCAAGAGGUCACGCACAGAUUUACAUGGUAACAGUUCAUCAGUGAACCAGCAUAUUCGGUUCGAAGAUGGAGACCCGAACCCAAUCACUGAGAAAACUGAAGAUGAUAAGAAAGCACUGCCACAGGAUGUUGAAAUACCUCUUAGGUUUCAGGUGCCAUCAAAGAAGAAAAAGAAGGAGAAAAGACAAGAUAUAGAUAUUAUAGAAAGUGUUCAGAAACAUUUAAGCCAUUUGAGAGAGCUAGAACGGACCAAUGAUGUGGCCCUGGGAGAAAAUCCGGGCGAUCAGCAACCUUUUAAUUUAGCAGAAAAGAUAAAGGAAAAAAUGGAACAGAGGAGGUUAAAAAGGAAAAUGAAAGAAGACAAGAAAAAGGGAAAGCAAGGAGAUGCUGAACCAGUGGUUGAUUUGACAAUGGAUACAGCAGAAAAUUUAUCUGUAACUGUGAAUACAGGAAAUAAAUCUAGAACAGUGAAUAAAGAAAGUGACAACAGAACUGAAAAUAAAGGAAGUGAAGAAGCUAUAGUGAUAUUGGAUGAUGAUAAGGAAGAGGAUAAAGAGGAAAGUAAAGGAUUUAAACCGUAUGAUUAUGCAGAAGGUGCUAAGAAGUUGUUACAAGGUAAUUCAUCGAAGGAUUCAGAUUAUUAUGACCCACAGUUUCAAAAUAGAAGAGGAAAAAAUAAGGGAUCGAGAAGUAAAGCUUACAGUAAAAGAGGACAGAAAAGUUUCUCAUGGAAACAAAAAUAGCAUUAAACAUGUUUUAUGUUUUUGUUGGAUGAAGGUUUUGAGUCAUUGUCACAUUGACAGCAAUAAACAACAGCACAUGAUAUCAUGUAGAAAAAGUGAAAUUAGUACGCAAAACAUACAAAAUUUUGAAGAAAAAGUGAACAUUUUUCGUAAUGCAGCCUCCAGAUGAGCCAAAAU